GCUUCGGAUCCACUGAACUUAUCUCGAGAGCACGUCCUAACCUGGAAACUCAUUCAGUCGCCUAAAGUCAAGAAGGUAUUCGUGGCGCCAGGAAAUGGAGGCAUUCAAACGUUAGGUCCAAAAGUGGAGACAAUCGAUUUGGAUAUAAAGAAUGUGGAGAAAGUGGUUGAUUGGUGUACUAAGAAUAGCCCACAACUGGUUGUCGUGGGUCCUGAAGACCCCCUCGAUAGGGGUGUUGCCGACCAGUUGAGUGAACGAGGAAUUCGAUGCUUUGGUCCCAAGAGAGAGGCCGCACAGAUUGAAAGCAAUAAAUCAUUUGCCAAAGACUUUAUGAAAACUCAUGGCAUUCCGACGGCUCGCUAUCAGAACUUCAAAGAUGCAAAUGAAGCCAAAAAUUUUGUGAGAAAUGCUUCGUUCAAUGCAUUAGUAGUAAAGGCCAGUGGAUUAGCCGCUGGAAAGGGCGUUAUAGUGGCCGCCAAUAAGGACGAGGCGUGUAAUGCCAUCGACUCUAUUUUGGUGAACAAAAACUUUGGAAGCGCUGGAGAUAUGAUUGUUGUGGAAGAGCUGCUCGAAGGAGAUGAAGCCUCAGUGUUUGCAUUCACUGAUGGAAUUGACUUCAAGACAUUACUUCCAUCACAAGAUCACAAGAGAGCUUUUGAGAACGAUAGGGGACCCAACACUGGAGGAAUGGGUGCUUAUUGUCCCUAUCCUUUCCUCGACACAAAAGCAGUAGAAGUCAUUGAAAGAGACAUUUUGGGCAAAACUAUUAAUGGCUUAAGAAAGGAAGGAAAACCAUUUGUUGGUCUCUUAUAUGCGGGUCUUAUGAUCACAAAAGACGGACCAAAAGUUAUUGAAUUUAAUUGUCGUUUUGGAGACCCAGAGACACAAUCAGUUAUUCCACUUCUAGACUCAGAUUUAUAUGAAGUACUCUUUGCAUGCACUCAACAAAAUUUAAAAUCCAUUGAACUUAAAUGGAAAAACAAGAGUGCAUGCGGUGUAGUGGUGGCCAGUAAGGGAUAUCCUGACACUCCGGUCAAAGGGCAACUAAUUGAAGGCAUUGACGAGGCUGUUAAACAGGGUUUACUUGUCUUUCAUGGUAGCACUCAAUACAAAGACAAUAAGUAUUAUAACUCUGGCGGAAGAAUCUUAACAGUGGUUGCAGUGGACGAUGUAUUGGAAGGAGCCGUCAAGAAAGCUAUUAAUGGGGCCAACCUCAUCAAAAUUGACCAGAGCUUUUUUAGAAAAGAUAUUGCCCAUAAAGCUUUAACAAGAUUACCGAAAUCAUUAGAUUAUAAGUCAAGUGGUGUCGACAUAAUUGCUGGCGAAGAGUUGGUCAAUAAGAUUAAGAGGUUUACAAAUCAAACCAAUAGAAGCGGAGUUAUCGAUCAAAUCGGAGGAUUCGGUGCUUUGUUUGAUUUGAAAGGCGCCGGUUAUAAGGACCCCAUUCUCGUGUCGGGUACUGACGGUGUGGGCACUAAACUCAGAGUGGCUCUUGAAUAUGGAAAAGUAGAUACUGUGGGAAUAGAUUUGGUGGCCAUGUGUGUCAAUGAUAUCCUGGUCCAGGGUGCAGAACCAUUAUAUUUCUUAGACUAUUUCGCGUGCAGCGGAGAAACAGCGGAGAUGCCGGGGAUGUAUGCCGAGGAUGACUUUGAUUUGGCUGGUUUUGCUGUGGGAGCUGUCGAAAGACAGUCUCUUUUGCCACGAUUGCAAGACAUAGAGGUUAACGAUGUAGUCAUUGGCGUCCCGUCGAGUGGUGUUCACAGCAAUGGUUUCAGUCUUAUUCGCAAAUUAAUUUCAAUAAAACAAGUCAAAUACACGGAUGUGACACCUUUUGAUCGGUCGACCACUUUUGGAGAUGUGUUACUAAAGCCCACAAAACUCUAUGUCAAGUCAUUAUUACCGGCAAUCAAAUCUGGAAAAAUCAAAGCUUUGUCACAUAUCACCGGCGGUGGUCUAAUUGAAAACAUUCCCCGAACUUUGCCCAAACAUUUGGCUGUAGUAUUGGAUGCAUCCAAAUGGGAAGUGCAGGAUAUCUACAAAUGGAUUAAAGCUGAAGGAAAUAUUGCUGACAGAGAAAUGCUGAAGACGUUUAACUGUGGUUUAGGAAUGAUCUGUAUUGUCAGUCAAACAAACGCUCAAUCAGUUGUUGAUAUGAUUAAAGCGAAUGGAGAGAAGGCUUAUAUUGUGGGAAAUGUUAUACAACGGAAAGAUGAGGGCGUAAUUGUAAAUAACUUUCCGGUCACUCCGAGAGCACAGUUACCUCAUUUGAAAAAGAAAAGAGUAGCCGUCUUAUUGUCAGGGUCGGGCACUAACUUUCAAGCAAUUGUUGAUUAUGUGUCACAAAAUGCAAGCAAUACUGCCAUCGAUUUAGCAUUAGUUAUAUCGGAUAAGAAGGAAGCCGAAGGGGUUGCCAGAGCACAGAGGGCUGGCAUCACAACCAAGAUUUUGAUUAAGAAAAAAGUUGAGUCCCGAGAAGAAUAUGACGAGAGGAUCCAAAAAAGCCUUUCUGAACACUCAAUAGAUUUGGUUUGUUUGGCCGGUUAUAUGAAGAUAAUGACCGAUGCUUUUGUCAAUUCAUGGACGGGAAGGAUGAUUAACAUUCACCCAUCAAUAUUGCCGCUAUUCAAAGGUAUGAAUGCCUAUCAACAGGCAUUGGACGCCAGGGUCAAAAUAACGGGCUGUACCGUGCAUUUCGUGACACCUGAGAUGGAUGCCGGCCCUAUCAUAGCACAGACUUCUGUUGACAUCCAUGUGAACGAUACGGUGGACACUCUCAUGGAAAGAGGCAAACGGGUUGAACACCAAACAUAUCCCAAAGCUCUAGAACUUGUGGCUCAAGAGAAGAUUGACACCCCAUCCCGAACGGGUCCCAUGAAUCGCAAAAUCAAAGGCAAUAACUGUUUUGAUUGGGCACUAAGUGUGCCAAAUGUCGAUCAAAUCAAUGUGAGUCACCUGAACCGGGUGUACAAGUUGGACACGAAUGUGUGCAAGGCCAAAAACAAUAAGAAUUGUGUGCAAAACAUCCGAUGUCUCAAUGGUUUGGGUGAGAAGUCAUGGCUGAGUCCAUCGGACAACACAUCCAAUGCCAUCAAUGACUCGGAAUUGGGCCUAAGAGUGGACGGCACGUUCGUCGGCCUCAAGAACUUAGGCGCCACUUGUUAUGUCAAUUGUCUGCUUCAGGUGUGGUUUCAUAACCCUAUCUUCCGAUCGAUGGUAUAUCAGUGGAAACCAGAAGAAGAUCCCGAAGAGAUCGAAGUGCACACAAACAAUGCAUUGAAUUCUCUGAAUGAAGAGUUUGUUCCCAAGACAUGUAUCGGCAAAUUGCAGCUAAUCUUUGCUUUAAUGCAAUUCGGAAUCAGAAGUUCAGUGGAUCCGAAGCCUAUCAUAAAAUGUCUUGAAUUGGAUGAGAACCGACAACAGGACGCACACGAGUUCUCUAAUCUAUUCUUCUCUCUCAUUGAGAAGAAGUUACAGUUCCAGAAGAAUGCCAACGUCCAGAAAGUGAUACAAAGCCAAUACUGCGGCAAAUUUGCUUACAUUACCAGAUGUCAGACGUGUGAAGACAUGUCUUCAAGGGAAUCGCAAUUCUAUGAAUUGGAUCUUAACAUAAAGGGCUGUAAAGAUAUUUACGAGAGUUUAGCCGAUUAUCUAAAGGUUGAAUACCUGAUGGGAUCGAAUCAAUACUAUUGCGGCAGUUGUGGACAGAAACGAGACGCCGCCAGAUAUAUACAGCUCAGGAAAUUACCGCCCGUUUUGAACAUUCAAUUGUUGCGUUUUGUGUUUGAUCCGCACAUAAAAAAGCUCAACUCUGUUAUCAGAUUUCCCGACACUCUUGAUGUCAAGCCGUAUAUUCCAUGUGAAUCUUUGGACCCAAAGGAGACGACAUAUCAUUUGAGUGCAGUUCUCAUACAUCGCGGGCCGAGCGCUCAUUCCGGCCAUUAUAUCGCUCACAUCAAAGACCAAAGCACUGGCUUUUGGUUUAAGUUUAACGAUGAAAAAGUCGAGGAAAUUGAGGGCAAGAAAUUGAAACUCGAUUCGGACGAAGUGAGUGACGAAAACUGUGACACAAAUGGCACUUCUUUGCCAAAGAAUGACAGAAAAGGUUUACACCAAUCAAACAACGCUUAUAUGUUGGUCUACAAGAAUGAGAUGCAAUCGGACAACAACUCCAACGACUGGGGUUUACCUCAAUAUCUCAUGGAUUUCAUUCAGAAAGACAACCAAUCGUUUGAAGAAUCCAUUGCAGAGCAGAGAAAAUUAAAAGAAGAGGAAAUGUGUUGUUAUAUUAAACGCAAAACAGAAAUCGCAAACAUUUACGGACAGCUGACCUCUAACCCCGACACACCGCAUGAGUUUGUUUCGAAAAAAUGGUUAACCCAUUGGUUGAGUGCUAAGCCAUUAGAGAAAAUUAAUGCCGUUGACAACGAGCACUUGUUAUGCACGCACUCUAAACUCAAUUUCAAGUGUCUGUCUUCAAUCAAAUGUAUUUCCAAAUCAGGCGCCGAUCUCUUGUAUGACAGAUAUGGCGGCGGACCCAGACUUGGGACCGAUUCGUUGUGCACGGAGUGUGUGGCCAAAGAAGUGGAGUUUAUUAAGACGAAGACCAAGAUUGAAGAGGACAUGAAAAUCAUUGCAUCACAACUCAAAUUCACAAUCAGUUCAGAAGAGGAGUCCUUUUGGGUCGGAAAAGAAUCUCUUAAGUCUUGGAAACAAAUCAAACUCAAGUCCUUCGAAUACAAUGGCUUUGAUAAAAGCGAAAAUUCGGACGAUUCUGUUGAAGUGAUUGAGAACAACGACACGGACACUGAAAUCUCGUGUCUCAAUGAAGACAUCAUUUGCACUCACGGACAACUGACAGCUGAUGAAAGUAAGCGAAGACUUAUUUCUACUAUUGUUUGGCGAACACUUAGAAAGCAUUUUCCAAACGCUCGAGAAUUCACUAAAUGUUGUGCCGUUUGUGAGGAUUGUGUGAGUGACAAUAAAGUGUUUGAAGUGAUUAAGAGUCAGCAUAAAGAGAUGGCAACUCAACAGAAGCUUAGUUUACCUAAUCUGUUGGCCGAGAGACACCGAUUGGGUUGGGACGACCUCUUGCCUACCUAUCAAUAUUUUGCAUUAAGCAAAAAAUUUCUCAUCUCUUGGAAAAAGUUUGUAAACGAUCCUUCAAAGCACAGUCCGCCGGAUGCUAUUGAAAACUGUGGCCUUUUAUGCGCUCAUCAAAUGUUCUUAUAUCCGAGUGAGACGACUGAGAUUGUUGGCAGUGAUAGCAAAUUUGUGAUCGUAUCGAAAGAGGAAUGGGAUGCACUCAUCGCUCACUAUUCUAAUGACUUUCAAAUUGAAUUUGUGGUCCUCUUCAGUGAAAAUAACGCCAAAUUCAUCGACUCGUUCCCCCCAUAUUGUGAUUCGUGUUUCCAAAGUCUUAUACUGGAAGAGGAAAGGGAAAGACUUACUUAUACUAAUCAAUCUGUUUAUGUGAGAAAAGUUGAGAAAAAUGAGAGCAAUUCGGACGACUCGCACGAAAAGCAAGAGAAUAGUUCCGAUUCUUAUUUUUCUGAAACGGAGAGAUUCAGAGCUCUCAAGGCCUGA